AACGAAACAGUCUUGGGAGUUGUACGGACAAACCUCCUGAUGUGGAUGGGAUGAUUCUGGAGGUGGUAUGAGUGCUACUUGUUCGAGGCAUAUGACCAGCCAGAUCGAUGGUUCAUCUCGCCAGCUGAAGGAUUAAAGUGAUCCCAAGUUGUCGCCUUCUCCUCAUCAUCCUAAUUUUCUAGUGAGAAGAUCCAACGCUUACAACGCUUUCAGAGACAUCAACCAUCAUCCCUCCAUCAUCCAUCGUGCGAAUCAGAAGAGAAGCAAAAAGAGAAAAGAUGUCCGUGCCCUACAUGCGGAAAACUUUGGGAGGUUUAGGAUUGGAAGCAAAGAAAGAGCUCCGAUUUCCAUUUGUUCCAUUUGACAAUGUGAUGGAACUUGUUUUUAUGUCAAGUGCUUGUUGAGUGAUGACCGGAAGAGCUGUUCCCAAGAUUGUAUUCGUCUCACCCAAAGUGCCCGAUCCGUCGCACCAAUUGAUGUACGAGUAGUGUGGUGAAGAAUACCUGAUCCGAGUGAACUUCAACUACAUUUGUGAGGAACAUCACACAAACAUCUGUGUUUACAAUAGUCAUUUCGUGAGUGACGUUUGAACUGCUUCAUUCAGUGAGACGCGAAAUGGAUUUUGUAAAACCUCCCAACGAUUUGGAUCCUCCAUCAGCACCCAAAGGCCGAAAAUGCAAGCCCAAAGUGGUCCUCACAGGUUUUCUGUUAUGCUUGGGUAUAUUCUUCAUUAUUGGCGGCAUUCUAGUCCUGUUCCACUUCCGCGACCUUGUCAAUGGGAUAAUCAAAACGAAAAUUCCCCUUCGGGAGAAUUCCGAAGUCACUCAGGCCUGGCUCAGUCCGCCCAUCAAGCCUCAACUGAAGCUCUAUUUCUUCAACAUGACCAACGUCGAGGAGUUCCUCCUUGGGUCCAAGCCGAAGUUGGUGGAAAUUGGACCAUACGUCUACGAUGAAAUUUGGGAGAAGGUCGAUAUUCGGUGGUACGAACAUGGGGAGCAAGUGGAAUAUCGACAAAAGAAGACGUAUUUCUUCAAUCCGACGGCCUCGAUUGGAACUGAAGGGGACAUGCUCACGUUACCGAAUGUACCAAUGAUCACUGCCAUGGGUGGAAAGAUGAAAUUUGCCGGUCGGCUUGUCCGAUUAGCCUUAGGUUCCAUGUUGGACAUCCUCAAGCAAAAGCCUUUUGUCUCAGUAAGCGUCAAAGACGUGGUUUGGGGCUAUGACCAUCCACUGAUCAAGUUGGGUAAUGAUAUUUUGCCACCCGAGGAGAAGCUCCCGUUUGACCAAUUCGGUUUCUUCGUUGGGAAAAACGCCUCUGCCACAUCUGGCUUGAUCCGAGCUCUUACUGGGAUCCAUGAUGUUCGUAACGUUGGCCAAAUCCUUACUGUUGAUGGGAAAGCUUCACUAGAUAUCUGGAAAGGAGAGCAAUGCAACGAAAUCAGGGGCACUGAUGGCUCCACGUUCCAUCCUGACAUCUCAAAGAACGACACCCUCUACCUAUUCAACAAGGACCUUUGUCAAUCGCUCCCAUUGAUAUACCAGAAAGAAAUUCAGAUGAAUGGAAUUCCAGGGUUUCGAUUUGUUCCUCCGAAGGACGUUUUCAGCACUCCGUCAGAAAAUCCCCAAAACCAAUGUUUCUGCUUGAAUGAAGGAGGGUGUUUGACUCCAUCUGGACUCUUCAAUAUGUCAGCGUGCCAGUUUGGAUCUCCCAUCAUGCUUUCUUGGCCACAUUUCUACCAGGCUGAUCCUCGUCUUCUAGAGACCGUCGAGGGCUUGGCCCCUUCUGAGGAUCUCCAUCAGUUUUUUAUUGAUCUCCAACCAAAACUUGGAACUGGUCUACGUGCAUCCGCCAAAACUCAAGUCAAUCUUGUGAUAAGUGCCGUGGAGGAUAUUAAACCCGCCGAAGGUCUCAGGGACAUUAUUCUGCCCAUGGUGUGGUUUUCCGAUGGGAUUGACGGGAUCGAUGAUCCAGAUACUGUGGCUUUGCUCGAGGCUGCAGUUCACACGCCAGAGACAGUUAGAAGUAUUAUGUAUCCCUUGCUGCUAGUUCUGGGAUCUGUGCUCCUGAUUUUGGUGGCGCUCUAUUUGCUCAAGUCUAGAUGCAACAAUAACGAGCAGGAGUUCGAUGUGAGUGUGAUGCAGAAAUCCAACAACCUCAAUGUGGGACACCGAGGGGAACUGGACGACUUCGCCCUCAAGGCCUACAAGAAUGGAACGCGCUCUCUCCACAGUCGAAAUGGCCAAAUUGACGACGGUUACAUCUAAUGCCUCGCUUCAUCGACUUGGUCAAUUCCUCUCAAGUUGCGCACACUUUCAAAGAGAUUCUUUCAGAUAAUACAAAAAACGAACAUGUGUCAAAAUUAAAA